AAAAAGUUCUAAUUAAGAAACGAAUCGAACAUCGACGCGACGGCGUUUUGGGGGAUACUUAUCAAGGAGGGAAGUGCCAAAAGAACAAAGAAAAGUUGGAACAAUCUCUCAAGCCAAAAAUGUCUGAACCACUACUGACCUUUCAAUGGUCACCUGUGGACGUGAUCGCCGAAGAGUUCUGCGAAGGAGAUGUGGCCCUCUCCGACACAAUUUGUUCCAUGUUCGUCGAAGGUUGCUCAAUUCCAUUUAUCUCCCGAUACCGACGAGAAUGCACCCAAGGGAAAAUGCCGGAUGAACUUCGAAACAUGCAGGAAGCAUUCUCUCAAUUAGAGUUGGUUCAAUCCAAAGCUCUGACAUUGGCCCAGACGCUUUCCAAGGAUCCCAAGGUGACCCCGAAAGUGAUUGAAAAUAUUGGAAGAGCUAAAACCAUCGAUCAGUUGAGCAUCAUUACAGCUCCUUUUACCAAAGGAUCCAGCAAGACUCUGGCCGAAAAGGCCAAGGAAUUGGGCUUGGAACCACUGGCAAGCUCCGUCAUGAAGAGAGAGGAUUUCAAUCUGACUCAGUUUAUCAAGCCUCAGGUUGAAGGUCUGCAAACUCGCGCCAAUGUCCAGGAGAAUUUGGUCCAAAUCAUUUCCAAUUGGAUUGGCCAUAGUACUAAGGUCCUUGAAUUGACCUCGAGAUUGGAGUCAUAUCAAGGAGCUAAGGUGGUCAGUUCGAAGGCCAGAGCGACCAAGGCUGCUGAGGCUAAGAAACUGGCAGCCAAGGUGGAUGAAGACAAAUAUGAAAACUACUUGGCAUUUAAGAAGGAUGUGUGCUUCGUGGAUACUCAUCAGGUCUUGGCUCUUGUUCGAGGUCAGAAACAAAAGGUCUUGUCCGUCAAGAUCGAGCUGCCGCCACAAGUUGAGCAGCAUUACAUCAAAUUUUGCUCCAAGAUGUUCGGAGGGAACUCCCAAAGCCAAGAUUUUCGGAUCGAGACAAUGGGUUUGGCCAUUAAUGACAGCUACGAUCGCUUCGCCAAAGGUCGGAUGAUCAGAAAUAUCUGGUCCAAACUAACUGAUAAAGCGCAGAAAGAUUCGAUUGAAGUGUUCUGCAAGAAUCUAAGGCAACUUCUUCUCAUGCCAUCAUGUCCGAAUACUAUUAUCUUGGGCUUGGAUCCAGGAUAUCGGCAAUGUAAAUACGCCGUAAUCAGUGAGACCGGUGAAAUUGUCGACUACGGCGUGUUCCGUUUUACGUUUCCAAACGUCCCUCAACGAGUUCUUGACCAGUUCGUGGAGGUAGUGAACGACCACAGUGUGACCCUGAUAGCUCUUGGCAACGGCACAGCGUGUAGAGAAACCGAGAAGGUCGUGUCGGACGUUAUUCAAAGCGGUGAAAUUAACGAGGACUUGGAAAUCAAAUACUCCAUUGUCAACGAACAGGGUGCCUCCAUUUACAGCUGCUCAAAACUGGCGAUGGAUGAGCAUCCGGGCUUAGAUCCUCUUUACAUAAGUGCAGCUUCCAUAGCUCGACGCGUGCAAGAUCCGUUGUCCGAAUACGUGAAGAUUGAGCCCAAACAUCUUGGUAUUGGGAUGUACCAGCAUGACUUGUCUGAGGCAAAGUUAAAAAAGAAUCUGGAGGAAAUCAUGACCGAGUGUGUCAGUUUCGCCGGUGUGGAUAUUAAUUUUGCAUCUUGUCACGUUUUGGAAAAAGUGGCUGGGCUAUCAAAGAAAAUUGCAAGCGAUAUCAUAAAAUGGCGAGAGAGCAACAAGGGGUUCACAUCUCGAAAGGAGUUGAACUCGAUUAAAGGAAUUGGUCCGAAAACUUUCGAGCAAUGCGCUGGAUUUGUUCGCAUUUUCCCUAAUCGAGGAGAAAGGCCCAAUUUGGACGCAUAUUUGAUCCAUCCGGAGUCCUACGAGUUGGCCAGAAGCAUCAUCAAGAUUCAGGACCUCUCGGAAAGUCAACUUGGAAGCCAAAAGUUUCAAGACCAUUUCAAGGCAUUAAUGACGCACGACAGUAUGAUGAAACGGAUCGCUCAAGCCCUGAACAAGGAUUUAUCCACAAUUGAACUUAUCGUGGAAGCAUUUUCUCAACCCUUGCGAUUCGAUAUUCGUGAUACCAUGGACAAGCCCGUUUUUAAGACAGGAGUCAGGUCCGUUCAAGACCUAAAAGUUGGAGCUCAAUUGCAAGGUGUGGUCAGCAAUGUCACAAACUUUGGCGCAUUCGUUGAUAUUGGCGUUUCUCGAAAUGGGUUGAUUCACCAAAGCCAGAUGAUGAAAAAAGAGCUGGCUUUGGGUCAAAAAGUAACUGUAAUGGUUUUAAGCGUGGAACCUGAACGAGGCCGAAUAGGACUGAAACUACUGGCUUGAUGUGUUCUGAUAAUUCCCAUAAAUCUAUUCUGCGUAGUAAACAUAAAGUUCGUGUAAA